UUCGUUCGAAUCGUACAUCUUUUAGUCCGCCCAGUAAUGCGCAUUCCUCUUGGCUUCCUGAAAUGACUUUCUUGUCGGAGAGGGUCCAACAUCACUGUACCACCAGCUAUGAUGUUUUGCGGACUGUCUUGAAAUAAAGUGUCUUCCUGACCUACACACUGCUGUCAGAAUGUCCUCCAUAGACCCCUAUCAGUACAUCAUAGUUGAACAUCAGUAUUCUCACAGAUUGAAAGUAAUUGUGGUACGAGCUGAAAAUGUGACUAAAGGAGCAUUUGGGGAUUUAUUGGACACCCCGGACCCUUACGUGGAACUGUCCAUUCCAACCACACCAGAGUCAAGAAAACGAACACGCCACAUAAAUAAUGACAUUAACCCGAGGUGGAAUGAAACUUUUGAUUUUAUAUUGGAUCCCAAUCAACCCAAUGUUUUGGAGAUGACACUGAUGGACGCUAAUUACGUCAUGGACGAAACUCUGGGCACAGCUAAAUAUUCCCUCUCAAAGCUCAAAGUGGGGCAGACAGAGCAUGUGACUCUACCUAUUGGCAAGACGACAAAAGUGUACCUUGACAUGUUCUUAGAAGUGUGUGCGUCCACAGACUUGCGCUUCAGCAUGGCACUGUGCGAUCAGGAGAAACUCUUCAUACAGACGCGCAGGGACAGGGUCAUGCUAAGCAUCAAGAAGCUGCUCAAAAUGGAAAACCCACGCUUCCUUCCAGCUUCCCCUAGAGAGGUUCCCACCAUUGGCAUUUUGGGGUCUGGAGGUGGUUUCCGAGCAAUGGUUGGUUUCUCUGGUGUGAUGAAAGCUCUGUAUGAGUCUGGGGUGCUCGACUGUGCAACAUAUCUGGCAGGACUUUCUGGAUCAACAUGGUAUAUGUCCACGCUGUAUUCACACCCUGAGUUUCCUGCUAAAGGCCCAGGAGAUAUCAAUAAGGAACUGAUGAACAGAGUCAGCAGUAACCCGCUCAAACUGCUCCUGCCCCAAAACGUCAACCGCUACGUCAAAGCGCUGUGGAAGAAGAAAUCGGCCGGACAGCCUGUCACCUUCACGGACAUCUUUGGGAUGUUGAUCGGAGAGACUCUUAUUCCAGGGAGAAUGGACACUAAACUGAGCUCAAUGCAAGCGAAGAUUAAUGAAGGUCAAAGCCCCCUUCCUCUCUUCACCUGUCUGCACGUCAAACCUGAUGUCUCUGAACUCAUGUUUGCAGACUGGGUGGAGUUCAGCCCGUAUGAGAUUGGCAUGGCCAAAUAUGGCACCUUCAUGUCUCCGGGGCUGUUUGGAAGCAAGUUCUUCAUGGGCAGCGUUGUGAAACAAUAUGAGGAAAACCCCUUACAUUUCCUUAUGGGUGUAUGGGGCAGUGCUUUCUCCAUCCUCUUUAAUCGGGUUCUGGGGGUGAAGGAGACAACCAGCAGUAGCACAAUGGAGGAGGAGCUGGAGCAAAUUAAACCCGAGCAUAUUGUGGGCGAUGACUCAGCAGAUAAUGAAGAGGAAACUCAAAGAGGAGGCACAGAGAGCGCAGAGGCAGAAGAUGAGCGGCAGCGUCAUGCCCAGGCUAGCUGGGUUCAACGCAUGUUGACCUCCAUAAUGGGGGACACCACCCUGUUCACCACACGUGAGGGCCGUGCUGGAAAGGUGCACAAUUUCAUGCUGGGACUCAACCUGAACUCUACCCUGCCCUUCUCUCCCUUCAGCGGCCUCAUGAACCAGACCUCCGUGGAUGAGGAGGUUGAUGCUGUCACAGAUCCUGACGAGUUUGAGCGAAUCUAUGAGCCCCUAGAUGUGAAAAGUAAGAAAAUCCACGUGGUGGACAGCGGUCUGACCUUUAACCUGCCCUAUCCUCUCAUUCUGCGGCCACAGAGAGGAGUUGACCUCAUUAUUUCCUUCGACUUCUCAGCCAGGCCCAGUGACUCCAGCCCGCCAUUCAAAGAGCUACUGUUGGCUGAAAAAUGGGCGCGUAUGAAUAAGCUCCCGUUCCCUAAGAUCGAUUCGAAAGUAUUUGACCGGGAGGGUCUGAAGGAGUGCUAUGUGUUCAAACCAAACAAGGGAGACAAGAGCUGCCCCACCGUCAUUCAUUUCGUCUUGGCCAACAUCAACUUCCGAAACUUUAAAGCACCAGGAGUGCCUAGAGACACAGAUAAGGAGAUAGAGUUUGGCGACUUCGACAUAUUUGACGAUCCAGCCUCUCCCUUCUCCACUUUCAACUUCCAAUACUCCAACCAGGCCUUCAAGAGGCUUCACGACCUCAUGGAGUUCAACACGCUCAACAACAUUGAGGUUAUAAAAGAAGCAAUUAAAGACAGCAUCCUGCAGAGACGAGAGAACCCCUCACGCUGCUCGGUUUCUCUAUCACUCAAUGAAAUUGAAAACAAGAAGUUCCUGAAACGAGAUACCAGCAAUGCAAAACGACACACCUAACAGACAACAAGCUACGCAAAAGACUGCAUUGGUCCACUGGUGCUGAUUCUCUCUCAGACAUUUCAUGAGAAUCACUGAGCAGAUUCAUCAGACAAGAGUGGUUUGUCCUUACUACGGGGUCAAUUUUAUGCUGCAUUCCAGAUAACCUUGAAUUCCUCCACCUCCUACUUAAAGGGAUAGUUCACUGAAAAAUUGUGUCAGGCUUUGACUAUCUUUGAGGGCCUUGAACAUGUCAGUUGCGUUGCCGUCUAUUCAGGCUCAGAAAGUUCAGAAAUAUCUUAAUUUGUGUUCCGAAGACAAACGAAGGUCUUACGGGUUUGGAACGACACGAGGGUGAAUAAUUAAUGACAGAAUUUUUAUUUUUGGGUGAACUAUCCCUUUAAAGAUAACCACUGGAAACAUGUUUGACAUCAGACUUCCAAUUUGCACCAACCAGGGUUUUUAACGUUAACUGAAAUUAAAAGCAUUAAAAAAAUGAUGCUAAAAUAGCACUGGUACAAACCCCAACUCCAAAAAGAAGCACCAUUACCAAGAUGGUAGCAAAUAAAAUGACAUUCCGUGGUUGUUUUGAAGUAGAGGUGGGCAAUUCCGAAAUCCAGAUUGUCUGGAACGCAUCAUGACUGGAAUGCUGUAAUGGUGGGAAAUGGAAAAUUUCAGUUCAAGCCUUCCCAUCUCUGAUUUGGUCUAUACUGCAACAUCAGGAACACAGAAUCUACAGGCAUUUUUUUGCAUUUUCCGCACUAAUUUGAGGAGAACUUUUGUGGAAUAGAUUUGAAUAUGGUAAAAUGUAUUGUGUAUGGUAAAAUUCUAGCACACUCUUAUUGGUCACUAAAAACAUUAUCAAAUUAGCCAACGUUUUUAAUAAACACAGAAUGGGCAGGGGACGUGACGAACUUCACAACAUUCAGGACCACUUCCCAGCUUCAUUUCAAAAUGAUUCUUAAAGUGCUUGCAAAUCUGGCUGUGUACUUCUCUACGGGUUCCAAAGAGCCAAGUACUGGCAGCUUUGGUUUCACUUGACAUUUUAGCAGUAAAUACGGUUCUGGGAGUAAUUUACGGUCUCAGGGGCGGCCUGAGCCUCAGGGCACGCUGUUCCUCAUGUGAUAAGAAAACAAUUGAUAUUCUCCAUUCAGUUCUACUGUGACGCACCUAUGACCAGUAGAUGGUUGAUGGUUAGCCUUGCCUUCAGGACAGGAUUCAUCUCAUAGUUUAGCGAAAGAUUCAUUGCUUAGGAACUGGAUUCAGCUGCUUCUAUUUAUUUUGCUUACAAAUGUCAUCUCCUGCCCAAGGGGUGAAAGGAAGAAGGUGAAAAGCCAUCUUACACCUCCCACGCAGGGCUCCACCUCCUUGUGAGAUGUCAGGAAUAAUGACAUGAUGGGACAUGAUGGGACAUGUUGUGAAAAUCUCAUUUCCUGUUUGUAUCAGAUAUUUGUGG